UGGCGGCGGUGACGGCGCGGCCCGUGCACACCGGGACGCUUAGCCCGUGAGCGCGCACUGGUUCCACGGGAGGGGGAGGAUCGCCGGCCGGGCCCUGCGCCCCGCGCCGCAAAGCCUGCCUCCUCCUCUAUCUGAACCGCUCUCUCCUUCCCACCCGACCCUCCCCGACUUUCCCCGCCCACUCCGCAGAAGCCAUGGAGGACGAGGAGAGGCAGAAGAAGCUGGAGGCCGGCAAGGCGAAGCUUGCCCAGUUUCGACAAAGAAAAGCUCAAUCUGAUGGGCAGAAUCUUCCUAAGAAGCAGAAAAAAAAGAGAAAAGUCUCAAGUUGUAAGCAUGAUGUGCAUGGUUUGAGUAUUGAUCAACAGAGUGAUCAGAUAUAUAUAAAUAGUUCUCAGGAGGUAGAAUCAACUAUGACUCCUGAUUCCACCAUAAUGAGAACUUUGCACAGUGGAGGAAUUGUCAAGCAUGACCAGCUCUACUCUGCUGAGCCAGAAAGUGAAAUUUCAACCACAGCAGAUGAUUAUAGUUCAGAGGUAAAUGGUUGCAGUUUUGUGAUGAAAACAGGAAUCCCCACAAAUUUAUUAAGGGAAGAAGAAUUUGGUGUUGAUUCUUACUCUGAACAAGGAGCACAGUACGGUCAUACUCAAGUAGAGAUGAUGGAAAAUGAAUUGGCUGGGAAACGGCAUGAGAUUGAAGAGUUAAACAGAGAACUGGAAGAAAUGAGGACCACCUAUGGGACUGAAGGACUGCAACAGUUACAAGAGUUUGAAGCUGCCAUUAAGCAAAGAGAUGGUAUCAUAACCCAGCUCACCACUAAUUUACAGCAAGCAAGAAGAGAAAAGGAUGAGACAAUGAGAGAAUUUUUAGAGUUGACAGAACAAAGUCAAAAAUUACAGAUUCAGUUCCAGCAUUUACAGGCUAGUGAAACUCUGAGGAACAGCACCCAUAGUAACACUGCUGCAGAUUUGCUACAAGCCAAACAGCAGAUCCUUACUCAUCAACAACAGCUGGAAGAACAAGACCAUCUAUUAGAAGAUUAUCAAAAGAAGAAGGAAGACUUUAAAAUGCAGAUUAAUUUCUUGCAAGAGAAAAUUAAAGUAUAUGAAAUGGAACAAGAUAAAAAAAUAGAAAACACAAAUAAAAAAGAAAUACAGGAAAAAGAUGCAAUCAUUGAAGCAUUAAAUACAAAAAUAGUAGAAGAAGAAGGAAAAAAUAUUGAACUCAAAGAUAAAGUAACAGCUACUGAUAAGUUACUGGGAGAAUUACAGGAACAAGUUGUACAGAAGAACCAAGAGAUAAAAAACAUGAAGCUAGAGCUGACUAAUUCUAAGCAAAAAGAAAGACAAUGCUCUGAGGAAAUAAAACAGUUAAUGGGGACAGUUGAAGAACUUCAGAAAAGAAAUCAUAAAGAUAGCCAGUUUGAAAUUGAUACAGUACAAAGAAUGAAACAAGAAACACAGAGAAAGUUAGAACAGCUCCGAGCAGAGUUGGAUGAGAUGUAUGGGCAGCAGAUAGUACAGAUGAAACAAGAAUUAAUAAAACAACAUAUAUCACAGUUAGAGGAACUUAAAAUACAGCAUAAGGGAGAAAUGGAGAAUGCUUUAAAAGCACAUUCAAAUAUUACAGUUAAUGAAGAUCAAGUAAAUUUAAUGAAUGUGGCAAUAAAUGAACUAAAUAUAAAGCUACAUGAUACUAACUUUCAAAAGGAAAAACUCAAGGAAGAACUAGGGGUAAUUUCAGGAGAAAAGUCUACUCUACAGAGACAGCUUGAAGAUCUUCUUGAAGAAUUGAGCUUUUUAAGAGACCAAAUUCAGAGAGCUAGGCAGACAAUAGCUGAACAGGAAAGCAAGUUGAAUGAAGCAUAUAAAUCUCUUAGUACAGUGGAAGAUUUGAAGGCUGAAAUUGUUUCUGCAUCAGAAUCCAGAAAGGAACUUGAGGUAAAACAUGAAGCAGAAGUUACAAAUUACAAGAUAAAACUUGAAAUGUUAGAAAAAGAAAAGAAUGCUGUGUUAGACAGAAUGGCUGAAUCACAAGAAGCUGAAUUAGAGAGACUGCGAACACAGCUCCUAUUUAGUCAUGAGGAAGAACUUUCCAAAUUAAGGGAAGAUUUAGAAAUUGAACAUCGAAUAAGUAUUGAAAAACUUAAAGAUAAUUUAGGUAUUCACUAUAAGCAGCAGAUAGAUGGCUUACAGAAUGAAAUGAGACAAAAGAUAGAAACUAUGCAGUCUGAAAAAGACAAUUUGAUAACUAAACAGAAUCAAUUAAUUUUGGAAAUUUCAAAGCUAAAAGAUUCACAGAAGUCCCUUGUGAAUUCAAAAUCAGAAGAAAUGAUCCUUCAAAUCAACGAACUUCAAAAAGAAAUAGAAAUACUCAGGCAAGAAGAAAAGGAAAAGGGUACUCUUGAACAAGAAGUUCAAGAAUUACAACUUAAAACUGAAUUCUUGGAGAAACAAAUGAAGAAAAAAGAGGAUGAUCUUCAAGAAAAAUUCACACAACUUGAAGCAGAGAAUAGCAUUCUUAAAGAUGAAAAGAAGGCCCUUGAGGACAUGUUAAAAACUUAUACUCCUGUUAACCAAGAAGAAAAUUUAGUUUUCAUAGAUUCCAGUAAGUCUAAAUCCAAAGACUAUAGCUGGCAGAAAGAAAUACAGAUACUUUCAGAGGAAAAUAAGGACCUCAAACAACAAUGUAUUCAUCUAAAUGAAGAAAUAGAAAAGCAAAGAAAUACGUUUUCUUUUGCUGAAAAAAACUUUGAAGUUAACUAUCAAGAGUUACAGGAAGAAUAUGCUUGCCUUCUUAAGUUAAAAGAUGAUUUGGAAGACAGUAAAAGUAAGCUAGAGUUGGAGUAUAAAAGUAAGCUUAAAGCACUUAAUGAAGAGCUUCAUUUACAAAGAAUAAAUCCAACUGUGAUGAAAAUGAAAAGCUCCAUGAGCUUUAGUGAUGACAAAACUUUUAUUUCUGAGCCAUUGGAAAUUGGUGAGGUUGUUGAGAAAGAUACAACAGAGCUCAUGGAAAAACUUGAAGUGACCAAGCGAGAAAAAUUACAGCUGUCAGAAAAACUGUCUGAUAUUUCUGAACAACUGAAACAGAAACAUGUUGAAGUUAACUUUCUAAGUGAAGAAGUUAAGUCUUUAAAGCAAGAGAAGGAUCAAGUUUUAUUGAGAUGUAGAGAGCUAGAAAGCAUAAUUAACCACAACAGGGUAGAAAAUAUAAACAUGUGUGAUGUUCAGUUAAGUGUUUUAAAAGAUGGAGAUGUGACAAUGACAAGUGGGGAUUCUGGAAGACUGAUUUCUAAACUAAGUAAAGGUUUUGGUGCAGAAUCAAAAGUAAUAGAAGAUAAAACGCCUUCUGAACAUACUGCUGUUAGAAAGGAAGGCAAGCAAGAACCAUUAUUUUCCCCAUUAUUAAUAAAUGAACUGUUGCCUGGAUCAACUGAACCAUUGGAAAAUGAUAAACUUCAGCAGGAACUUCAUUUACUUCAAUCAGAACAGAAUGAUUUAAGGCUACAAAUGGAAGCUCAACGCAUAUGCCUCUCUCUGGUUUAUUCAACUCAUGUGGAUCAGGUUCGUGAAUAUUUGGAAAAUGAAAAAGAUAAAGCUCUUCACAGUCUUAAAGAGGAGCUUAUUUCUGCUCAAGAGAAAAGGAUCAAGGAAAUUCAGAAAAUACACCAGUUAGAGCUUCAGAAUGUAAAAGCACAAGAAACAGGUGAUGGAGCAAAGCCUUUGAGGAAGCUCAUUGGAAGACUUCAAAAGGCAGUGUCUGAAGAAUGUUCCUCUACUUCAAAGUUAACAGCUUUCUUUUACUCCCUUUUAUUUAUAUUUAGCUUCUCUGUUGAUUCAGUGAUAAUGAAAGAAUCUGAGGUACAGAAAACAGUGUACCCUGGAAACUGUCUUACAGAGAAUAUUGAUGGUACAGUAAAGUCUUCUGGUGAAUUUGGAGUAAAACAAGAAACAAAUAUGGUUAAGUUGCUGGAAAAACAGUAUCAAGAACAAUUAGAAGAAGAAGUAGCUAAGGUCAUUGUGUCAAUGAGUGUGGCCUUUGCUAAACAGACUGAAUUGUCUAGAAUAUCUGGAGGGAAAGAAAAUGUUGCAUCAUCAAAACAAGCAUAUGCUCUGGAUCAACGGGAAGAAUAUUAUUUUAAUGAAAUGGAAUUUUCAGAAGGCCAAGUUGCUCUUCAAACUUGUGAAGCAAAAGACAAAAAAUUUAAAGAAGAAUUUAAACCACUUAGUAAAGAGUUAGGAGAAGAUGGAAAAGAAGUUCUUUUGUCAAAUAAUAAUGAUCUUGAUAUACUAGAAUCAAAGGACCACGGACUGACUAUUUCACAAGAAGUGUUCUCCAAAGAUAAAGCCUUUGUAGGCAGAGAUUCUAUGUAUAAUGAGAUGUUGGCAUCAGGCAUAGAUGCUUCUAGACAGCUGAUGUUAAAUGAGGAACAGUUGGAAGACAUGAGGCAGGAACUUGUACGACAGUAUGAAGAGCAUCAACAAGCAACUGAACUGUUGAGGCAAGCACACAUGCGACAGAUGGAGAGACAGCGAGAAGACCAGGAACAACUGCAAGAAGAGAUUAAGAGACUUAAUAGACAAUUAGCUCAGAGAUCCUCAAUAGAUAAUGAAAACCUGAUUUCAGAGAGAGAGAGGGUGCUUUUAGAGGAGCUGGAAGCACUAAAGCAGCUGUCUUUAGCUGGAAGAGAGAAGCUGUGUUGUGAGCUGCGCAACAGCAGUACGCAAACACAGGAUCGAAAUGAAAACCAAGGGGAAGUUGAAGAAGAGACAGUUAAAGAAAAAGAAUUGGACAGAAAACCUGAAGAUGUACCUCUUGAUAUUCUUUCCAAUGAAAGGUAUGCACUCCAGAAAGCUAAUAACAGACUUCUAAAGAUCCUCUUAGAAGUUGUAAAGACAACAGCAGCUGUUGAAGAAACAAUUGGCCGCCAUGUCCUGGGGAUUCUAGAUAGAUCUAGUAAAGGCCAGUCAACUACUAACCUUAUCUGGAGGUCAGAAGCUGAGGCAUCUAUAAAGCCUUGUGUCCAAGAGGAACAUCCAAGAGUUACAGAUGAAUCCAUGCCUUCUUAUUCUGAAAAUGACAUGCCAAGAAAUGACAGCAGCAUGUGGUCAAAAAUAACUGAGGAAGGAACAGAGUUGUCACAGCGGCUUGUGAGGAGUGGUUAUACUGGAACUGAAAUAGACCCUGAAAAUGAAGAACUUAUGCUGAAUAUUAGCUCUCGACUGCAAGCAGCUGUUGAAAAACUCCUAGAAGCCAUAAGUGAAACCAGUAGUCAGCUUGAACAUGCAAAAGUUACACAAACAGAGUUGAUGCGUGAGUCAUUUAGACAGAAACAGGAAGCAACAGAAUCCCUUAAGUGCCAAGAAGAACUGCGAGAACGCCUUCAUGAGGAGUCCAGGGCUAGAGAACAGCUGGCUGUGGAGCUCAGUAGGGCCGAGGGUGUCAUUGAUGGCUAUGCAGAUGAAAAAACUCUUUUUGAAAGGCAAAUUCAGGAAAAAGCUGAUAUUAUAGAUCGCCUUGAGCAGGAAUUGCUAUGUGCAAGUAAUAGAUUGCAAGAAUUGGAAAUAGAUCAACAGCACAUUCAAGAAGAAAGAGAGUUACUAUCUAGACAGAAGGAGGCUAUGAAAGCAGAUGCAGGCCCCGUUGAACAGCAAUUACUACAGGAGACAGAAAAACUAAUGAAGGAGAAGCUAGAAGUACAAUGUCAAGCUGAAAAAGUAUGUGAUGACCUUCAAAAACAAGUGAAAGCUUUAGAAAUAGAUGUUGAGGAACAAGUCAGUAGGUUUAUAGAACUGGAGCAAGAAAAAAAUGCUGAACUAAUGGAUUUAAGACAACAAAGUCAAGCACUGGAGAAGCAGUUAGAAAAAAUGAGGAAAUUUUUAGAUGAGCAAGCCAUUGAUAGAGAACAUGAAAGAGAUGUAUUUCAACAGGAAAUACAGAAGCUAGAACAGCAACUUAAGGUUAUACCUCGAUUCCAACCUGUCAGUGAACAUCAAACUAGAGAGGUUGAGCAAUUAACAAAUCAUCUAAAAGAGAAAACAGACAAGUGCAGUGAGCUUUUGUUGUCAAAAGAACAGCUUCAGAGAGAUGUGCAAGAGCGGAAUGAAGAAAUUGAGAAAUUGGAAUGCAGAGUAAGAGAACUGGAGCAAGCAUUACUUAGCACAGACACUUUUCAAAAGGUAGAAGAUGGCAAACAGUUUGGAGCUAUAGAAGCUAAAGCAGAAUUGUCUCUAGAAAUACAGUUGCAAGCUGAACGAGAUGCUAUAGACAGAAAGGAAAAAGAGAUCACAAACUUGGAAGAACAGUUAGAACAGUUCAGAGAAGAGCUAGAAAAUAAGAAUGAAGAAGUGCAACAACUUCAUAUGCAAUUAGAAAUACAGAAAAAGGAAUCUACCACUCGCCUACAAGAACUUGAACAAGAAAACAAAUUAUUUAAGACUGAAAUGGAGAAACUGGGAUUUGCCAUAAAUGAAUCUGAUACUAUUUCUACCCAGGAUCAACAUAUACUAUUUGGGAAAUUUGCUCAAAUAAUACAAGAAAAAGAGGUAGAAAUUGACCAAUUGAAUGAUCAGAUUACAAAACUUCAACAACAACUUAAAUUUAAAACAGAUAACAAGGUCAUUGAAGAAAAAAAUGAAGUAAUAAGGGAUCUAGAAACACAAAUAGAAUGUUUGGUAAGUGAUCAAGAAUGUGUGAAGAAAAACAAAGAAGAAGAAAUAGAGCAACUUAAUGAAGUGAUUGGAACACUUCAACAGGAAUUGACAAAUAUUUCACAGAAGCCAUCUGUGGAUACUAAUUCUUUUCCAGAAGAAUCUGAUAGUUUAAAACAUCAGUUGGAUAAGCUUAUAGCUGAAAAAUUGGCUUUAGAACAGCAAGUAGAAAUCACUAAUGAAGAAAUGGCCUUCACAAAAAAUGUUCUUAAGGAAACCAAUUUUAAAAUGAACCAGCUAACACAAGAAUUAUGCAAUUUAAAGAGAGAACAUGAAAAAAAUAAGGAGAAGAUCCAAAGUGAACCUGAGAAAAGUGUUAACAUUGCUAUGGAUAAUCUUAGUAAUGACAAACCUGAACUGGAAAGAGUCCUUACUGAGAAUGCUCUUAAACCCCUAGAAAGCACCAAGGUUUCCAGGAGAAAUUUAGAAACAAAGGUGCUACAACUUGAGAGCUCUGUUAGUACAAAGGACUUAGAACUUACCCAAUGUUAUAAACAAAUAAAAGACAUGCAAGAGCAUGACCAAUCUGAAACCAAAGCACUUCAAACAAAGAUUAUAAACCUACAGAAAAUACUUGAGGAAAAAGUAGCUGCUGCUCUUGUUAGUCAAAUCCAACUUGAGGCAAUUCAAGAAUAUGUGAAAUCCUAUCAAGAUAAAGAAACAGUUUCAUCAGAGUCUGAGAGGAUAAAUAUGCAGAAUUUAAGUCAACUAACAGAAAACAAGAUGGAAUAUGAUGUUUCUGCAUUAACCUUGAGAAUAUCAGAGUUAGAAAGCCAGGUAUUUGAAAUGCACACUAGCUUGAUCUCAGAAAAAGAACAAGUAGAAAUUGCAGAGAAAAAUGUUUUGGAUAAAGAAAAGAAACUGCUAGAACUACAGAAGAUAUUGGAAGACAGUAAGAAAAGGCAGGAAGGGAAAGAAGAGAAAGGAAACCCUCAAAAAGGUUUUGAAGUUCUCAAGACACCUACUGAGCUAAUUCAUACCAGUGGAGAAAGUAGAUUUUUUGGUGAACUUGAGGCUCAUAGAGCCCAGUCAGUGGCUAUCCAAGACCUUGUCCAUUAUAAAGAAAAGGCAGAAAAACUUCAAGAAGAGCUUUUGGUAAAAGAAAUUAAUAUAGCAUCUCUUCAGAAAGAUUUAAGCCAAGUGAGAGAUGAACUCACACAGGCAGAAGAGAAGUUAUCCCGCUUAGAAAAAGAAGAUGAGUCCAAGGUACAAGAAAACAGAAAGAUCUGCAUAUUAGAGCCACUUCCCACUAUAAUGGGUAAAUGUUCUGCAUCCCAGACAGAGGGAAAUCUCAAGGUCAGCAGCAGCAAUCAGACUCCACAAAUUCUUGUUAGAAGUGCAGGAAUUCAAAUUGAUUUACAAAACGAAUGUUCAUCAGAAGAAGUUACAGAAAUAAUCAAUCAGUUUACUGAGAAAAUUGAGCAGAUGCAAGAACUACAUGCUGCUGAAAUUUUGGAUAUGGAAUCCAGACAUAUUUCAGAAACAGAAACUUUGAAGAGGGAGCAUUAUGUUGCUGUUCAGUUAUUGACAGAGGAAUGUGGCACCUUGAAAGCUGUGAUACAGUGUCUGAGAUCCAAAGAGGUAUCUUCAGUUCCUGAAUUAAUGUAUUCUAAAGCUUACCAAACUAGAGAAAUAUGUUCCAGUGAUUCUGGAUCAGACUGGGGUCAGGGAAUUUAUCUUACACAGAGUCAAGGGUUUGAUGCAACAUCAGAAGGCCAAGGAGAAGAAGGUGAAAGUUCAACAGAUUCAUUUCCAAAGAAAAUAAAGGGAUUACUAAGAGCUGUCCAUAAUGAGGGCAUGCAGGUGCUUUCUCUAACGGAGUCACCUUAUGGUGAUGGAGAAGACCAUUCUGUUCAGCAAGUGCCAGAAUCUUGGCUAGAAGAGAGAAGAACUUACCUCAACACCAUCUCCUCGCUUAAGGAUUUAAUUACCAAAAUGCAAGUGCAAAGAGAAGCUGAGGUUUAUGAUAGUUCUCAGUCUCCAGAGAGCCUCUCAGAUUGGCGGGGUGAACUUCUACUUGCCCUUCAACAUAUUUUCUUAAAGGAACGCAGUUGUUUACUAGCCACAUUUCAAACUGAACUGACUGCUUUAGGUACUAGAGAUGUAGGUGGAUUAUUAAACUGUUUGGAACACAGACUACAAGAACAGGGCAUUGAAUAUCAAGCAGCUAUUGAUUAUCUACAAAAAGCAGAUAGAAGGAGUUUGUUAUCUGAAAUUCAAGCACUACGUGCUCAAAUUAAUGGUAGAAUGAUCCUGAAAAGAGACCAAGAGAGUGAUAAACCAAGCCAAGAGUUCCUGGAAUAUAACAUGCAGCAGAAGCAGUCUCAAAUGCUGGAGAUGCAAGUGGAGCUCAGUACUGCGAAGGACAGAGCAACUGAACUGCAGGAACAGCUAAGUUCAGAAAAAGUGGUGGUUGCAGAACUGAAAAGUGAACUUGCACAAACAAAAUUGGAGCUAGAAACAACACUCAAGGCACAGCAUAAACACCUAAAGGAAUUAGAAGCAUUCAGGCUGGAAGUUAAAGAUAAAACAGAUGAAGUACACUUGCUUAAUGAUACUGUGGCAAUUGAGCAAAAGAAAUCAAGAGAGCUCCAGUGGGCUUUAGAAAAAGAGAAAGCCAAGUUGGGGCAUAGUGAAGAGCGUGAUAAAGAAGAGCUUGAGGAUCUGAAAUUUUCACUUGAGGAUCAGAAAAAGAGAAAUACUCAGUUAAAUCUUCUUUUAGAACAACAGAAACAACUCCUUAGUGAAUCACAGCAGAAAAUAGAAUCACAGAGAAUGCUAUAUGAUGCCCAAUUAUCAGAAGAGCAAGGUCGAAACUUAGAGCUUCAAGUACUUCUAGAGUCUGAGAAAGUUCGAGUUCGGGAAAUGAGUAGUGCCCUAGACAGGGAACGGGAGUUACAUGCACAGCUGCAAAGCAAUGGGGAUGGUGGGCAGCCUCGACCAUCUUUGCCCACAGAGGACUUACUUAAAGAAUUACAGAAACAGCUAGAAGAAAAACAAAAUCACAUCGUAGAAUUAUUAAAUGAGACUGAAAAAUAUAAACUGGAUUCCUUGCAAACAAGACAGCAAAUGGAAAAGGAUAGACAGGUUCAUAGGAAGACAUUGCAGACAGAACAAGAUGCCAACACUGAGGGACAGAAAAAAAUGCAUGAGCUACAAUCCAAAGUGGAAGAUCUCCAGCGCCAGCUGGAAGAGAAAAGACAGCAAGUUUAUAAGUUAGACCUUGAAGGAAAACGACUUCAAGGAAUUAUGCAGGAAUUCCAAAAGCAAGAACUAGAACGAGAAGAAAAACGAGAAAGUAGACGCAUUCUUUAUCAGAAUCUUAAUGAGCCAACCACUUGGAGCAUAAUUAAUGAUCGAACUAGAAAUUGGGUUCUUCAACAGAAAAUAGAAGGAGAGACAAAAGAAUCAAGCUAUCCAAAAUUGAUUGAAAUGAAUGGAGGAGAAAGUGGCUAUCAUCAUGAAUUAGAAAUGAUCAGACAGAAUCUUCAGCACGUGGAUUUGAAACUGCAGCAUCUAGCCCAGAAAGCCUCAAAUAGACUACAGUUUGAAGCAGCAGAUGAUGAAGCUUUCAUUUGGGUUCAAGAAAAUAUUGAUGGAAUUCUUUUACAACUACAGAAAUUAAUUGUCCAGUCAAGUGAAGAGCCUAGAUUCAUGGCCCCCAGUACUUCUUGUGGCUCACUGACUGAAAGACUACUGAGACAAAAUGCUGAGCUGACAGGACAUAUCAGCCACCUGACAGAAGAAAAGAAUGAUUUGAGGAACAUGAUUAUGAAGCUGGAGGAGCAGAUCAGGUGUUACCGACAGACAGGAGCUGGGAUAGAUUAUUCUUCCAGGUUUGCAUUUGGUGGUAGUGCCAACAUUGAAGCCAUUGUUGCUUCUGAAAAAGAAGUAUGGAACAGAGAAAAAUCAGUUCUCCAGAAAUCCUUGAAAAGGGCAGAAGCAGAAGUGUACAAACUGAAAGCUGAACUACGAAAUGAUACGCUGUUGCAGAAUCUGAGCCCUGACUCUGAACAUGUUGCGCUAAAGAGAAUAUAUGGAAAGUACUUGAGAGCAGAAAGUUUCCGCAAAGCUCUCAUUUAUCAGAAGAAGUAUUUGCUGCUGUUACUGGGUGGGUUCCAGGAAUGUGAGGAGGCCACCCUGGCACUUCUUGCCCGCAUGGGGGGACAGCCAGCCUUCACCGACCUAGAGGUUAUCACCAACCGCCCAAAGGGCUUCACCAGGUUUCGUUCUGCUGCCAGAGUGUCCAUUGCAAUUUCCAGGAUGAAAUUUUUGGUUCAGCGGUGGCAUCGAGUCACGGGUUGGGGUUCCAUCAAUAUUAACAGGGAUGGUUUUGGACUGAAUCCAGGUAAUGAAAAGACUGACUCGUUUUAUCAUUCUGGUGGGCUGGAGUUCUAUAAAGAACCAAGACACACAACAUACCUGUCAAGAUCAGAUCUGGACUAUCCUAGGUCUCCUUUGCCAUUUCAAAAUAGGUAA